GGGCCCUCACUAAUCCUUCGGCAAUUCGCCGUUCUGAGCGCAACGCAGGACGAAUCCUCUCGGAGCUGUUAGCCAGGCCUACUACUAGGAGUAUCAGAGACGUGCCCGACUCUGCGCAAAGCAUGACUCUCCUCGACGGCGUCAUCAGCGAGAAGCCGACCCUGUUCUACGCGGCCGUGCUUCUCGCAGUCGCGUACCCGCUGUAUAGCAUCGUAUACGGCUUAUUCUUCUCGCCCUUGAGCAAGAUCCCCGGGCCGUGGUUGACGCGCAUCAGCAGCAUUCCCGAGGCCAAUGCGCUGAAGGAGCAGCGGCGAACACAAUGGGUCAACAGCCUGUUCGAGCAGAACCCCGGCGCCGUGGCAGUCCGGACAGGGCCAAAGUCCGUGUCUUUCAACCACCCCGAUGCCAUCAAGGCCAUCUACGGCCACGGAAAAGGCCACGAGGAAUUCGGCAAAUCCAGCUGGUACGAUGCCUUCUCGACAACCGGCGAAUCGCUCUUCUCCACGCGCUCCAAGAAGCGGCACGCCAUGAAGCGCCGCAUGGUCGCGCACGGCUUCAGCGCGCAGAGCCUGCAGUCGUUCGAGCCGUACGUCGAUCUCACCAUGGCCAAGUUCCUCAAGAAGAUGGACAAGUUCGCGCGCACCCAGGAGCCCUUCGACAUCUACUUCUGGUUCGAGCUGUUCACCAUGGACGUCAUGGGCGAGCUCGCGCUCGGCAGCAACUUCGGCGUGCUGGAAGCGGGGAAACCGGCGCGGUAUUCGACGCUCGUGGAGCAGUCGCAGCGGUUUGGGAAUCUGAGUGGUAUGCUGCCUUUCGGGAAGGCGAGCGUUAGGGUGCUGAGCUGGGUGCCUAUGCCGUACGUGCAGCGCCUCUGGAAGGCGAGGGUGGAGUAUCUGGACUAUGCAAGGCAGGCGCUGGAAAAGCGGUUCCAGGAGGAUCGGAAGCAGGUACUGCCCAGCGGCAAGCCACGUCAGGACAUCAUGCAGCGCUUCAUCGAAGCCCGCGAUCCAGAAACUGGGCGGCAAAUGGACUUCGACGAGCUACGCGCGGAGACGUCGUCGCUAAUGGUAGCAGGAGCCAGCACCGGCAGCGUAACCAUGAACUGGAUGACAUACUACCUGUGCAAGAACCCUGAAAUCAAGACGCGCAUCGUCCAGGAUCUCGAAGCCAUGUUCCCCGACAACCGCGACGGCGCAAACCCCCUCCCCUACACGCGCCUGAACAACCUGCGCCUGCUUGAGCACGCCGAAAUCGAAUGCCUGCGCCUGCACCCCCCAAUCGGCUACGCCAUGCCGCGCGACACCCCGCGCCAGGGCGCCGAAAUCUGCGGCCUGUACAUCCCCGGGGGCGUCGCGGUCGGCGUCCCCGCCGCGACCAUCGGCCGCAACGCCGCCGUGUUUGCGCGCCCCAGCGCGUGGGAUCCCGACCGCUGGGCGGACGACGCGGCGGAUCUGGCGACGAUGAAGCUGUGCUUCCUGGGCUUUGGGUAUGGCAGCCGGCAGUGCAUUGGGCGGAACGUGGCGAAUCAGUUUGUGAUUAAGAUGAUUGCGAGCUUGCUGCUGCGGUACGAGGUUGAGCUGGAGGAUCCGGGGUUGGUGCUGGGGACGAGGGAGUUUACGAUUCAGAAGCCGGAUCGGAAGUAUCGGGUGCGUAUUAGGCCGAGGAAGGUGUAGUGCCGCUGGCUGGGGAAUCGCAUUUGAGGGGCUAGCUACGUGGAAGGAUGGCUUGUAGAUGCGCUGGGGUCUUAUGGGAUAGAUGCAAUGCUCCGUAAUGAGAUAGAAC